GUUUUUGCGUGAGGAGCUAAUCAGCCCUGCACAGCUUCAAAGAUGGCCUCUAGCACGAACUACAGCACUGUGAGAACCCGUCACUCUGGACCCGAAGCCGUCCAGCUGUCUGGCCUCGUGACAUCCAUGAAUGAGAUGAGAAAAUGGGAUGCGCUCUGUGAUGUCACUCUUGUGGUUAAGGGGAGGCGCUUCUCUGCCCAUCGACUAGUUUUAGCAGCUGGCAGUGAAUUAUUUCGCCUGAUGUUCACAACAAACAUGAUGGAGUCUGCAUCUGAUGAGGUGGAGCUAAGAGGGGUCGACCCUGAAAUUGUUGAGUUGCUGAUGGACUACAUCUACACGGCGCAAAUCAGCAUAACCACGAGAAACGUCCAGCCGUUGCUCCAUGCAGCCAGUCAGUACCGGAUUGAGCCUGUGCAAAAGAUGUGUGAGGACUUUCUGAAGGAAAGCAUUGACGUUACAAACUGCAUGGGCAUGUGGGCCUUGGCACAUUAUCUGUACUGUGAGGGACUGAAGGCACACGCUGAAGUCUGUGUCAUUAAGCACUUCAAAGAAUCAAGCAUGUCGAUUGACUUCCUGGAGCUUCACGUUACCUGCCUCUCAAGGAUACUCUGGAAUGACAAUCUCAGCGUCCCUGAGGAGCAGAUCUACGAGGCUGCCUUGCGCUGGUUGAACCAUGAUCUGCCCAACAGACAACAGCAUUUGGUGGAGGUGCUGAGCUGUGUUCGCUUUCCUCUGCUCUCUAAAGACGUUCUGUCACGAAUUGCGCAGGCGGAGCCCCUGAUUAUGUUCAGCCCACAGUGCCUCAGCAUGGUCACUGAUGCGAUGCAUUACCAUGACAACUGGAAGGACCUGGCGGUGAUAUGCCGGCCUCGCCUGAAAAAAUGCAAACACAUUGCUGUGUUCGGACACGUGCAGCCUGAGCCCUGCCGCUACUUCAACCCUAAGGAUUCAAAGUGGACAACCAUCCGCUGCUCCUUAGAAAAGCGCUGGAACGCCACAGCGGUGUACUGGAAUGACGAGGUCUACAUAUUGGGAGGCUCGACUUGCCAAGGUCUUGUAAAGCGCAUAGACUGCUACAACACUCUUCAUCACAGAAUGCACAGUAAGGCAGAUCUGCCCUCGCCCCGUAACAAGCUGGCUGCCUGUGUCCUUCAGGAAAAGCUCUACGUAUCAGGUGGAGUGGCAGAGAAUCACUUGCCUGUGGACUCCUUUGAGUCUUUCGACACAAAUACUAAUUCAUGGCAAGAGGAAACAAACUUGUUAACUCCCCGCUGCUGCCACGGAUCAGUGGAAGUCAAUGGGCUCAUUUACGUUUGUGGUGGUUUAGGGAUGAUGGACUUUGGGAUUGUUGGAACCUGUGAAGUGUACAACCCCAACACCAGACAGUGGAGGGAGUUGUGUCCCAUGUUGAUGCCAAGGAAGAACCAUGGACUGGUUGUGGUCGGCAACAGGAUCUAUGCCAUUGGAGGGAAGAAUGGUGAAGGCCCUCUGAAUUCUGUGGAAGGGUACAACAUCAACGAGAACUAUUGGUAUUUUUGUGAACCGAUGCCCCAUCCUCUAAUGGCGAAAUGUGUCGCCAUUGGUGAAACAAUCUACGUGCUGGCUGGCAAAGGGAAGGGGCCGCUCCGACGCAUUCUGAAAUACAACACCAGAACUGACAGGUGGAGGAUUUGCCAUAAGGUCCAGGCGGUACCGUACCCAGGCUCUGUUGUCUGUGUGGUUGACUGACUGAUGAGGACAAAGUGUUUUUUUAUGUGUGUAUGUGUAGAUAAUAUAUUU